CAGAGAUCGUGAAGUGAUUUUUACACUCUCCACCUUGGUAACAGUACCCAUAGUCAGAAUGGCUGGUAAAGGAGGAUUCAACCCUGAUCGUGAGCUGUCUGAGAUCUGUAACAAGCUAUGGGGUCUGGAUGAGAACCGGCUGGAACCGGAUAAAGACUACAAAAUGAAUCUUCAACGUUACACUCAUUACCAUAACAAGGGCGAGGUCGAUCAAGCCAAGGACCCCCUCUUUACCUUCGUCACCGAAGAAGCAUUACAAAAACCAACCUUCAAAGCUUUUGUUGCCUUGUUAGACAACUAUGCAACAGAGACGGGAGUAGCAGAAGAAGUAACAGCCCAAGAGAUCAAGGAGAACCAGAUGUUUAUUGAUCGCAUCAUGGAAACUGAGGUAAUGCGGUAUGCACACAAACAGCUCUCAGAGAAGGGUAAGGUACCGCCAGACGUCAGAGGGUUCAAGCACUCCCUCUAUGACCUCUGGUUCAAACUCUACAGAAGAACAAGGGGCAUGGAGAGAGGUGAGGCUGAUUCUUCUGGGUUUGAGCAUGUGUUUGUUGGUGAGACCAAAGGAGGCACGGAUGUGAUUGGGUUCCAUAAUUGGAUCCAGUUCUACCUACAGGAGAAGAGAGGCCAUGUAGACUACAAGGGAUGGAUCCCUCCAAGAACCAGAGGAAAGAAGCGAGUGGCUGACAACACAUCUCAGCUGGUUACCCUGCAGUUCAAGUGGAAGGAUACAGUCAAGCCACUAGGUAGCUCCUUCAUUGGAACCAGUCCAGAGUUUGAGAUAGCGCUGUACACCAUUCUGUACCACCUGGGAAAGAAUGGACCCAACCAGCUUGAGAUUGAAGAUUACGAUGUAGAGAUCGUUGUGCACUUCAUGGGUAAUAAGCUGGGUAGCUCGUAUCCUGUAGCCCUGGCCCAGGCCUAGAAGGGCAGAAUCCCCCCCCCCC